CUGAUCUACAUAAUGCUGCAAGAAGUAAAUGAUGAACCGAGAGGCUGAAUAGCUGCAGGAUCUGGUGAUCUGGUUUUUGCGCGCUGCAGGAUCUGGAGACUCUUCGUGCGUUUGGAGAGCUGGAGACGCACAGAGACUCAGUGCGUCAGGUGAGCUUCAGAUGAGCGUCCUCUCGGGAAAACUCUCUCAUUCUUCACCUGUAAACCUGUAAACGCACCUGCUGGUCUCUGAGCUGCUGGAUCCGGCUCAUAGAUGAACACUGAGUCGGAGAGAGUCGCUCUCCGUCGGUCCAGGAGCGCGUCAGUCGGCGACCAUGUCGGACAUCUCCUCUGACUCUAACAACGACACGCUGCCGGAGGCUGCGGUCAACGACUACAACUUCCCAGCGCUGUUAUUCGGGGUUCUGCUGAUUGUGAUCAUCACCGGUGGAAACGUGCUCGUGUGCGUCAGCGUGUACGCGGAGAAGGCUUUAAAGACCACCACCAACUACUUCAUAGUCAGUCUGGCGGUUGCAGACUUGCUGCUGGCGGUUCUGGUUCUGCCGCUCUUCGUUUACGCAGAGUUUCAGGGUGGAGUUUGGUCCUUGAACAUGCUGAUAUGUGACGGCCUGAUGACCAUGGAUGUGAUGCUGUGCACCGCAUCCAUAUUCAACCUCUGUGCCAUCAGCGUGGACAGGUUCAUUGCCGUGUCCAUCCCACUAAACUAUAACCGGAGACACGUGGACCAGCGUCAGCUCUUCCUGCUGUCGGCCACCUGGCUGCUGGCCCUCGCCGUGGCCUCGCCCGUCAUGUUUGGCAUCAACAACGUGCCUAACCGCGACACCAGCGAGUGCAAACUGGAGGACAACAACUACGUGGUUUACUCCUCGGUCUGCUCCUUCUUCAUCCCCUGCCCCAUCAUGGUCCUGCUCUACUUCGGGGUUUUCCGCGGGCUGCGACACUGGGAGGAGACCCGUAGGGUCAAACUGCGCAGCAGCAUCGAGGCCUGCAGGAAGCUGCAGCACGCGGUCGUCGCCACCGCCCUCCCCCCGCUGGCGGGCACCAUCCCCGGGCCUCUGCCAAUGCCUCUGCCCAGGGUCAUCGAGAGGGACUUGGCCCAGUCUCGGCUGGACGAUACGGACGACUACAUGCAGCAGGAGAUUCCCUAUCCUCGGCAGUACAGAGAGAACUCGGUGCCCACGAUAACGUUCAGCCAACAGCUGCACAGGAAGAAGAGAGCCAAGAUCAACAGCAGGGAGAGGAAAGCUAUGAGGGUGCUACCUGUCGUAGUAGGCUGCUUCCUGUUCUGCUGGACGCCGUUCUUCGUGGUGCACACGACGAGAGCCGUGUGCGUGACCUGUGACGUCCCUCCCGGUCUGAUGAGCACCGUCACCUGGCUGGGCUACGUCAACAGUGCUCUCAACCCCAUCAUCUACACCAUCUUUAACACCGAGUUCAAGAAGUUCUUCAAGAAAUGUUUCAGCAGAUGUUGCCCACGCCAGUUUUCCCUCCGCAGACGCUGAAGGAACGAACUGGGAGCUCGAUUGGGAAGACUGAGGCUUCCAGUUCGGCCAGUCAAACCAUCUCUGGGCCGCCACCUGGAUGUGGGUGGUUGAUAGUAUCUGGCCGACAGGAACACUGUUACUGGUGAUAUAUAUUACAUUUCUGGGUCCAUCUUAUCAUUUGGUGAUGUACUGUCUUGAUCCUCCGGGAUUACGGCCCAAACUAAAUAAUGAUGUCGAGAAGGAAAGUGGCAGAAAACAGCUAAACAGACUCAAGAGGAGCUUUUCACCACUUUCAGAUUGUCUGUAGAGAACGUCUUUACUGUAUAUCGGCCUCGGUUGUAGUCACGGUCGGCCAGUUCCAGUGAACGACGUGGGAUUUGUACAGAGC